AUGGCGGAAGAAAGAAGAUUAUCAACUCUGCGCCGCAAAAGAGGCAACAUUCAAGCUGCGAUUACAAACUUCACAAAAAUAUUAGAUUCGUGGCGAGACAAUAGAAAUCAACGCGAUCCUUAUUAUUUACAAGCAGCGUAUGAGUCGCUGCAAAAAACUUUUUCGCAUUUUUCGGAUAUACAAGAUGAGAUUGAAGAAUUAGAUAUAGCCGAAGUCUCCAAACGCGAAGCAUUUCAAUCGAAUUAUGACUUGACAGUCGCUCGUGUACGACGAUAUCUAAAGGAAUCAGAAAUAGAGGCUAAUAACGAAACGCGAAGUUUAUCAACACCAACGAUUAGACCCACGCCAUCGGUCACGCUUCCCGCUAUUACAUUACCAAAAUUCGAUGGCAAACCGGAAAAUUGGGCAUCAUUUUUCGAUCUUUUUGCAUCACUCAUCGACAAAAAUGAGGACUUAGCACCUGUACGAAAAUUACAGUAUCUCCGGUUGUCUUUAUCAGAAAACGCGGCGUAUUCUAUUCAAUCUCUGGAAACUACGGACGCUAACUACGAAAUCGCGUUAGACAUCUUAAAGAAGAAAUACGAAUGUACUCGGCGAAUUUUACACCGGCAUUGGAUACAAUUACGCGAAUAUCCAAGCCUACAGAAGGACUCACCGGCAGAAAUAAGCAAAUUAAUAGACACAAUUCAACAGCACAUUCGAGCGCUAGAAACUUUAGGAGCACCAACCACUAGCUGGGAUAUUCCUCUCAUCGAUCUCAUUCUAAUGAAAGUGUCUAGAAAUACCGCGUGGCAGUGGGAAUUAACCCUAAACGACAAUAAAAUGCUAAGUUACAAGAAUUUGAUCUCGUUUCUUGAAAAAAGAGCAAGCUGCGUGGACUUCUCAAGUACAAAUGAAAAUGUACCGCGAAAAUCGUAUGCACAACGGCGAGACAUCCAGCACCCCCGAAAGCCAGACGCCCAUACACAAGCCUUUGUCACAUCCAACGCGGCGAAAGAAACGAACACGCCACACUCAUCGUGCGUCUAUUGCACUGAAGCACAUUUGAUCUAUUAUUGCGAGAAAUUCAAAUCCUUGCCACAAGAAGAGCGACAAAAGGCUGUUGCAAAUGCAUGUUUAUGCUUCAAUUGCCUCAAAAAAGGUCAUGGGAGCAGCACAUGUCGAUCUGAGAUCUCAUGUCGGAAAUGUCGAGGACGACAUCACACAUUAUUACAUCGCUCACCAGAAAUCAAAAAAUUAGAGGAACAAGCUAAAGAAAUUGAGAGUCCAGGAACCACGAAUCCGACCGCGUGA